AUGCAGCAGACAGAGGAUGGUGCCUUUCUGCUGCAGCUGCUGCAGCAGGGAGAGCUGCAGCAGCAGCAGCUCGCGGAUAUUCUUCAGCAGCAGGACGACCUGCAACAGCAGCAGCAGCAGCAACAGCAACAGCAGCAGCAGCAGCAGCAGCAGCAGCAGCAAGACAGCGUGCAGCAUACAUGGACUGCAGCAGCAAGAGCCGCGCUGCUGCUAGAAGGAAAACAAUACGAAAACUUUCUGCUGCAGUCUGCUUCGCAGCUGACAGCAACGGGGCUGCGUGAGCUGCAGCAGGGUUACACCCCAGCAGCAGCAGCAGCAGCAGCAGCAGCAGCAGGAGAAGCAGCAGCAGCAGCAGCAGCAGCAGCUGUUGCGCUGCCGAUGUAUGUUCCCUGCGUGCUGUUCAGAAACAACCAUUUCUCUGUUAUUAUAAGAAGGCCAUCUCCUGCUGCUGAGCAGCAGCUGCAGCAGCAGCAGCAGCAGCUGCAGCAGCUGCUGCAGCAGCAGCAGCAGCUGCAGCAGCAGCAGCAGCACGAAGAAGAGGAGUUAUUGCUGCGUAUAAAUGAGCAAUCUGCUUCGAACAAGCAGCAACACGAAGAAGAGGAGUUAUUGCUGCGUAUAAAUGAGCAAUCUGCUUCGAACAAGCAGCAACUAACACAUCAGCAGCAGCAGCAUCAGCAGCAGCAGCAGCAGCAGCAGCAGCAGCAGCAGAUACAGAUACAGAUACAGCAGCAGCAAGAGGAGAUAGAGAAAAAAAUAAAAGAAAUAGAGACAAAUGCAUCUAUUUAUUCUCUUUGUACUGAUGCUGCUUUUCUUUUUGCUGCUGAAAUUCUUUGGGAGGAAAUUUGCUGCAUACGCGGAAACAACAGCUUCUGUGAUCAAUACUUUAUGCCGCUGCAUUCGGGGAGUGCCAGGGCUAGUACGGGGGGGCUGCAGCAGCAGCAGCAGCAGCUGCUUCUCCUUGAGCAGCAGCAGCAGCAAGCAAGGGCACAGCAGCAACAAAGACAGCAGCAGAUGCAGCAGCAGAUGCAGCAGCAGAUGCACCAACAGACGCAGCAGCAGCAACUCCUACGUCAGCAGCAGCAGCAACUGCUGCAGCAGCACAGCAGCUGA